AUGCCGAUAUGGUAUCCGGUUCUUUUGGCAUUGGACGCCACUUGGUUUCGGUAUCCUUUUUGUAUCGGUAAAUUGAGCUUCCUGGAUCAUGAGACGAUCAGUCUCUUCGAUUUUUGGGUCAGCUUCUUUCGUUUUAUUCAGUUCAUCCGACAUGCAAUACAAUCAGGGGUAUCGGUAAUUGAGCUUUCCUGGAUCCGGAAUGUCUUUCAGCUGGAUCCCCUUGGCCUAUGGGUUUUCGGCUUCUUGGAUCUCCUUGGGUCUAUGCAAUUUAUUACCAAAACUACGGCAUACUAUGUUAAUAAUGAAGAAAGCGAUGGAGAUUUCGGCUCUCAAUUUAGUCAAUUAAACGACCUAGAAGUUUCUAAUUCUAUACAAUUAAGAGGAAAUCGGCUUCAACUUAAAAAUCGAAAAUACCAAAUAUUGAAAUCAGCUUCGAGAAUCCAGAUAAGUUUCGAAAAAUAA